UUAACGUUAAAAGCGUAAAACAGUUUGUUUAUCUUUAUCUUAUUCAAGUUUGUUAUUGAUUAACAAUACAGUUUUAUACAAUUUUAUGAAUUUAUAUUCACUAGAGAUUGAAACUAUAUUUCAAAUAGUAACUUGAAAUUAUAUAAAAUAUAAAAAAGGUUUUGGUUAAAAUACCGAACAUGGUUAAAAGUUGAUUUUAAUACUGCAAGUUAAAAAAUAUGGACGAAGAUGCAGUAGAUGAUGUUGAUGGUUCAAUUCAUAGUAUACACGUUCGUAACUUCUUCUGUCACGAGAAUUUGGAAAUAAAUUUAAACAGAAACGUGAACUUUAUUGUUGGUCGUAAUGGUAGUGGCAAAAGUGCUAUUCUUACGGCUUUAGUUGUCGGCUUAGGAGGUAGAGCGUCAGCUACAAAUCGUGGGAACAACUUGCAUUCAUUUAUCAAGAAAGGUUGCAAUUCAGCCACAGUAGAAAUAAAAAUUAAGAACAGCAGUCCAAAAGCCUACAAGCACAACAUAUAUGGGGAUUAUAUUACUAUAGUUAGGAAUAUAAAUGCAUCAGGUGGCUCUAGCUACAAAGUUAAAUCUGCCACAGGGGAAAUAAUUUCAACUAAAUUUGAAGAAGUAAACGCUAUAAUACUAGCUCACGAUAUUCAAGUGGACAAUCCCAUUUCUGUGCUCAAUCAGGAUGAUGCGCGCAGCUUCCAUGCCUCAGAUGCUAAAAAGAUAUACUCUUUGUUCCGUAAAGCAACAAAUCUCGAUCAAACUGAAGGGAAUUACUUGAGAUCGCUUGAAAACUGCAAAAAGGCUGUCUCUAUCUGGAAUAGGAAAAAUGAUGCCUGUGCAGAAUUGGAAAAAGAAUACCAAAAAUGGAAAACAAGCUAUGAACAGAUGCAAUCACGUGACGAGAUUGAGGCACAAAAGCAGGCUUUGCAAAAUGAAUAUUACUGGAGUGAGGUGGCGGAACUUGAACGAGAGGUGGAUAACAUCCAGACACAGCAUGACAAACAGAAUGAGAAAUGUGAAAGGCUAUUGGCAUCCUUGCGGAGGAUGGAGGAAGAGGUUGGAGGCGAAAGUAGUGUAAUUGCUACAUUGAAAAGUCAAUUAGAAGAGAAGACAAAGAAGAGGUCAGCAUUGGAGACAGAGGUGGAGCAGGCGGAGGGCGAGGUGCGCGCGCUGCAGGCCGCCUGGCGCGCGGACCAGCUCGCCAACGCCAAGCUCUACAAGCUGCUGGACAGGGAGCGAACCAAGGUUACCGACUUGGAGAGAGAAAUGAGGGAGAAUUUCCACUGCCCCUCCAUUCAUCUAAAAUUUCACACUUAUAUUAUUAUUGUUUUCUAUGUCUUUUUGGUUUUGGAUAUCAAUAAUUGGAAUUUUUCUAUACAGAUGGAAGAAUUAAAUGUGUCAAAGGAGAAAUUAAAGACACUGAACGAGCAGGCGGAGGCGUGCGCCGCCAAGGAGGCGGAGUUCAAACAGAAGAUACAAGAACAGCAGGAGAUAUUGAGCACUGUGAAACCCAAGCUGGAGGAGGUGACCGCAGCCUGUCGAAAUCUCGCUGAGGAGAUAGAGGAGGAGGAGCUGAAGGUGGAGCGCGGCGCGGCGGAGCGGCGCGGCGUGGCGCAGCGCGCGCGCGACAACCAGGACAAGCUGGAGCGCGUCGCCGCCGUGCUGCGCGAGCGCCGCGCCGAACUAGACAACAAGGCGCAGCUCGCCACCAACAUAUGCCCCAGGACUGAACAGACCAGAGACAAGGCGAUCCUGGUGAACGAGCUGAAGAAGGUGCAGCUGAAGCUGCGGUCCAUCCGCAUUUUUAUGAUAAAAAUAGUUGUUUUAUAGAUAAAGGCGACGACGAACAAACAUUUGAAAAUGUGUCACAAAGUGCAGUCUCUGAUAGCGCGGCGUGUGCAGCACUGCUUCCAGUCUAUACUUACGCUGAGAGGGUACUCGGGUCAGCUGGAGAUCGACUACGCGAACGAGUCGCUGCGCAUAACGUGCGCGGGGCGUGUGUUAUUGUAUGUACAGGACAACGUGAACCGCAAGGUGGUGCUGGAGCUGCUGGUGGCGCACGCGCGGCGCUCCGCCGGCAGGCAGUUCGUGUUCCUCACGCCGCAGGACGCCUCCGCCGUCACCGCCUCGCCCCACCUCACCAUACACAUGAUGCCAGACCCACGACCGUAGCUCAAAGUCGAAACAAUGAAUGUUAUUUUAUUUUACAACUGUAAUUGUAUAGUUUGAAUAAAAAUCUUUAAUUAAGUCAUCAACACAGUUUUAUUUAAUACAAGACACCCGUGGCGACAUGACGCGUUAGUGCGGGUGUCCGCGCGAGCAGGCCGCGCCGCACCUGAGAUCACGCACUAUACGGAAUACACUGUACAACUUACAAGUACUUGUUACCUUCAAAUAAAUUGAUAUAAAAAUAACUUAUAUUUACUAAGCGACCUAACUAAUGGUUAUAUUAUUUUCUGAUAUAUAUAAAGUAACAAAAUCCAUUUCUAAGUCUUAUUUAUAAGGUGGGCGUACACCUUCACGUAUAAGCGUAAUCGUUCAACUUACAUUUAAUGUUUCAAUUCACUACAUGUGAACCCAACGCCUGUGACGUCAUCCCAACGUGACGUCAGAGUCCACUCAACUUACAACUAUUGCAAACUUUACAAUUUUUAUAGAACUUCCACAUAACUAAACUUUUCUCUAAUGAAAACUGCACAUGUGAUUUAGCGAAAAUAAAAAGCAUUUUGUUCUUUGGAAUACAGAGUAUAUGAAAAUAAAUAAAACACUAAGGGGAGAUUCCAACGCGUCCGUCGGCGAGACGAGAUGCCUUUAGCAUGCUUCAAAAAACUUGUACAGACAAAAUAAAUAUAAAACGAUAAGGACCGGAGCUCAGAUCAGUCAAAAAAAAAAAUCUAAAGAAGAAUAACAUUAUCUACAAGAAAGACAUGCAAAUCGAUUCACUAAUAGUUGAAUUUGAAUCAUUUUAAAUACACAGAAACUUAAGAGAAUUCUUAAAAUAUGCCUUAGUUCAACUCUAAAUCACUUCUGCAGUUAGCAUUUUUAAAGAGCAAAGAUCUCAACAACUUGUACAUAACUUAAAUUUAAUAUAUUACAUAGUAAUGAUGCAGUUACUUAAAAUACAUCACAAACACAAGGAUAACCGUUUAAACAAAAAAAAAUCUUACUGGAUCACUCGACUUGCGAACAAAAUAAAUAAAUAUUACAUACAAAAAACAAGUUUAGUGAUUUUUUUAAACGGUUUUAAUCUUCUGAUUGUACUUAACAUGCACGAAUUUUAGAUACAGAAUAAAUUUAUUAUACGCCAUUAGGCACUCUUUGGCUAGAUAGAGCUUCGCAAAUUUACUUUUUUUAACUAAUAAAAUCAAAGAUUUUUAAAUAAUUUUACUUAUACCAGAGAGAUUAAGAAUAUAUAUAGAGUAGGCAUAGUUCAAAAACAUUUUUGACAUAAUAUCACUAAAGCUGGUAUCCGAUAAUCAAGAUAACAAACAAAUAAUUCAAAUACUGAGAAGCAUCUCGGCCUGUCUAAGACAUUGAGA